AUGGAGGAGCCUGGCGCGGGCGUGCGCGGCGGGGAGGAGGGUCAUGUUGCUGACGCCCAACGGUUGGGGCCGGCGGAGGUUGUUCUGUCAACUGCCACCGCCCCUGGACCGGUCCAUGGAUUGGGGGAUGGCACAGUAGAGGUAUGCCAUGCUCCGGAAGCUAGAUUGUCCACAGAGACAGAUGACAAAGGGAGCGAUUUUGCUCUUGGAUUGGUGACUCCUGUCGAGUGUGUUUCUGCCUCCCUCCUCCAAGGAAGAAGGUUUCAGAUAGGACAGGAGGAGGGUUCGAGUUCAGAGCAGAGGGUCAUGGGCAUGGAGGAAGGAAAUGAAGGUAGUUUGGCUCCCGCGGCAUCCGCUGAAAAUGCCAGUUUGCAGAUUUGUCAUGAGGCCAAUGGCAGGCUUUCAAAUAAGACGUUACCUUCUCCUUGCCGUGAAGCGGUCUGUUCCGAGGAUGCUAGAUGCGCGUAUGACAUUUUGGAGAAAACGACAGAGGGGAGCCAGUUUGAGCAGGUGGGUUUGACGGGUAACGGAGGUGAUUGUGUCGUCAUGGUGGGGGUAGUAAAGGAAACCGUAGAAGAUUUACGGACGGUUUGUAACGGAGCAAAACGUGUGUAUGAAGGCUUGUCAGUUUCAGUGAAUGAUGGCAGCGAGCAAGAGCCACGUGGUGUUGAUGGCAUAGGAUCUAUCACGUGUGCUAACGAUGAGCUGCAGUCAGAUGGUUUGAUUUCGGAUAUUGAAGCUGUCUCGAGGCCAGCUCAUGAAGAUUCAGUUCCUUCCAUUUCAGGGGGCUUUGAUCUUUCUUUGGAUCGAAAGGCAGGUCAGUUUGGUGGAAUGUCAGCUGAUCCAGGGAUGAGCCAUGGGACUGACAGAGGGAUGUGGAAUGGUGAUUUAGCCCAUGACAAUGGGGACUUGUCGGACCCAGGGAAGCAUCACUCGGAGAAAUUGCCAUCUGGUGCUGAGGGCCUGACAUUGAUAACCGGUGCUAAUUAUGAGCUGGAAAAGGUUGGUUUCCUGCAAAAUAUUGAUGCAGUAAACUUCUGCCCAGUUGUUGAAACUUCAGUUCCUUCUAUUUAUGGGAGCUCCAUUGAUGUGCCUGUAGAUGGUCAGGCUGUUGAGCUCCAGAUGGAGGCUUAUGGUGAUGAGAAUCAGCAUUUUGGCCCUUGUCCUGAUAAAGAGCUGCGACAGGUCUCUCUAAAAUAUGGGGCCUCUGAGCUACCUCCAGAGAGAAACCAGUGUGUUUAUUCGUAUAACCAACUUUGCAAUGAUGAAGCUUGUUGUAGCAGCAAGGAACCAUCUGCUCUAUGCCUGGGUCAUCAAGAUGCUGUUGGUGGAUCCGACCAUUUGGACCAAGGGCUCAACGCCUGUAAUUCUGCUGAAGACAGCUCUGUUGAUUUUAUCAGUAAUGCUAAUGAUGGAGAAUUACAGAGCCAAAAGCUGACAGCAUUACAGGUAUUCAUACGUAGGAAUCCAAAAAGAGCUGCUUCUUCAAGAAGUCUUAAUUCUGAGAAGCAAGAUCGAAUAGGCAAAGGGAGCAGUGGCUCACGCAAACCUAAAAAGGUUGACAUUAUGAGCUCAUUACACCAAAGCACUGUGGAUAUGUUCCCAAACAAAAUCACUAAGGGAAGAAGUGGUAUGAACAGGCCACCAAAAUCCUCUACUUGGGGCAAUCUAGAACAGCUAUUAGAUUGCUGUCCAAGAUAUGGGCCAUCUACUUCUAAUGCUCAUCCAAUUUGCCUGGACAAAGGAAUAUCAUAUAACAGAUCUGAUCAGAGAAGUCAGCCAAGUAUUCGGAGAAGUCGAAGUUCAAGAUCUUCAAAAAGUAAAUGCUCUUCCUUCUCUGAAACAGGGCAUGCAGCUAAUGAACUGGAUGGGCAACCAACCUUAACAACUGUGGCUGAUAUAGGGCAUGCUGCUAGUGAAUUGAAUGAGCAACGAACCUUCUCAAUUGUGGCUGAUACUGAUAUUUCCUUGGAAUGUCACAGAGGAAACAUUCCAAAUUUGUCUUCUGAUAAAUUAAUUAAUAUUCUUGAUACUGGCAAAACUACAGAGUCUAUUGAUAGUCAUCGUACAGAAUCAAAGUGUAUCCAGACUGAUGUGCAGCAAAGAGAAAGAGCCUUGGUGAGUUGUACUAAAGAAACAUGCGCUGCAUACGUCCAUGGAGAGUGUGUUAAGCUUUCAACUUCUGAACCUAUGGACAAUGCCAAUGGCAGUGUCAUGCUGCAUAUUGGGUUUUCGCCGGAUUCUGUUUUGGAGGUUGCUUCUGUUACAUGUGAAGGUAAUGCUUCUGCAAGCCAUGAUGUUAUGUUACAUGAAAACCCAACCGAUGCUGGUGCACUGAAUGGUGGUGAUCCAUCCGUCUUAUCUACUUCUGACUGUGGAAAAGAACAUGCUUCAUCAUUGAUGAACUUGGAGCAGCACGCUAGAGGUACUUUGCAUGAGGACACCAGAAAGGAAGAGGUUGGUCCAUCUCAUGGCACAGUAGAAAAUGAUAUUGGUGAAGGAAAGGUGCAAGCUUUACAGAAGUCAAAUUCUGUGAGAAAAAAUGGUAUUGUCAGAAAGGCAGGUUGCAAAAAGAAAGAUGGAUCUAAAGGGGUAAAAAAGAAUGUUAUAGGAUACAACAAAGUUUCUCCAUGUGAAUCUUCAAAACUUAGGCCGUUCUCUAGUGAUCCAAUUUCACCUGGGCCUCUAGAUGAUGGGUCUUGCUUUGAAGCCCUAACUUCAGGCUACCAGGACCUUAGUAUGCAUGAACAUGAUGGCAUACAGGGUCACUCUGUAGUGCAUGGUGACAAAGGGAGUGCAUUUGACAGUAUGAAAUCACCAAGACGCAAGAUAAAGGAUACUAAUGCAAGAAAGAAGGGUAAGGUGCGAGACCCACAUAAGAAAGAAAAAGGUAAUCUUGAUCCUACCUCCGAACUUGCAUUCAAGAACUCUGGCGCCAUAUCUACUGAUUUACCUGGAAAUGUUGCAUGCAAAAUGGAUGGGGCAUCUGUAGCACCACUGCCACCACGUGCUGCAUGGGUGUGUUGUGAUGAUUGCCAAAAGUGGCGGUGCAUACCUGCUGAACUUGCAGAUGUGAUUGGAGAAACAAAUUGCAGAUGGACUUGUAAGGACAAUGGAGACAAGGCGUUCGCUGACUGUUCUAUUCCACAAGUGAAAACAAACGCUGAGAUUAAUGCAGAACUCGAUCUUUCAGAUGCUUCAGCUGAUGAAGCAGACAAUGGUGAAUCUAACUCAAAAGCUUGCAAACCACCAUCAUGGACUCUUGUUAGGUCAAACUUGUUUCUGCAUCGAAACCGCAGAACACAAUCCAUUGACGAGAGCAUGGUGUGCAACUGCAAGCCGCCCCAAGAUGGCCGAAUGGGUUGUAGAGAUGGCUGUUUGAACAGGAUGCUCAACAUUGAAUGUGCCAAGCGUACAUGUCCGUGUGGAGAACAAUGUUCUAAUCAGAAGUUUCAGCGACGUAGCUAUGCAAAACUGAGAUGGUUCCAUUCUGGCAAGAAAGGCUAUGGACUGCAGUUGCAAGAAGACGUUACUGAAGGAAGGUUUCUUAUUGAAUAUGUUGGAGAGGUCCUUGACAUAACAUCCUAUGAAUCCCGCCAAAGACAUUAUGCUUCAAAAGUCCAGAAACAUUUCUAUUUCAUGGCUCUAAAUGGUGGCGAGGUAAUAGAUGCUUGCACUAAGGGAAACUUGGGCCGAUUCAUCAAUCAUAGCUGCAGCCCUAACUGCCGCACAGAGAAGUGGAUGGUCAAUGGAGAAGUCUGCAUUGGAAUAUUUGCUUUGAGGAACAUCAAGAAGGGUGAAGAAUUGACAUUUGAUUACAAUUAUGUUCGUGUAUCUGGUGCUGCUCCUCAAAAAUGCUUCUGUGGUACCGCCAAAUGUCGGGGUUACCUUGGUGGAGACGUAUCAAUUGUUGAUACCAUCAUCACCCAAGACGAUACAGAAGCAGAUCAUUUUGAACAAAUGGUUGUUGACAAAGAUUCUGAGGAGUUGCUGGGUCCAAAUGGGUCUGAUUCUGAUGGUAGCCACCCAAAUAUUUCAGAAACUGAAUUUUCUAUUCAAGGGGAAGAUCUACAUGAUUCCUCAGCUGCAAAAGUAGAGUUAGACCUGCUUGAGGAAACUAGAGGAACCCCAUUUGAAACUAGUGAGCCCGAACAUUCCUUGGAAGUAUGGAGCCCGCCAGAAGAUGAAGAUGUCAAUCGCACACCUGUGCAUGUGUCACGAACAUUUGAAAGUUCUUUGCAGACGUUCCCAGCACAUGACACUCAGUCAUCAGAUCUUUUGCAAAAGACUGCAAACUCAACGGAAGGAUCAAAGGCUCCAAAUAUAAUAAAUGGAUCGACGCUUAGUUCUGAUUUCAGGGGCAAUCUGGUGCCUACUUUCAGUGCUACCGAGAGAAAAAUCUUAAAACAACAUAAAAACCAGAAACCACAACCAUCAUCUCCAAUUGACAAUGAGCACAUUUUGGGAGUUGAAGGGAGACUGAACAGCCUACUGGAUGUGGACGGUGGUAUCAGCAAGCGAAAGGAUGCUACAAAUGGAUACUUGAAGCUUCUCCUUGUGACUGCAGCAGAAGGUGGCAGUGCUGAGGGCACAUCCAAAAGUAUGAGGGAUCUUUCAUUGAUUCUUGAGGCACUUCUAAAAACAAAAUCACAUUCGGUUCUGUUGGAUAUCAUCAAUAAGAAUGGACUGCAAAUGCUUCAUAACAUAUUGAAGCAGAAUAGACACAUCUUCCACCGGACACCUAUUACACGGAAGCUUCUGAAGGUACUUGAGUUUCUAGCUCAGAAAGGAAUUUUGACAUCCGAACAUAUAAAUGGAGGUCCUCGAUGUGCUGGAGUUGAAAGCUUCAGAGACUCGAUGCUGAGUUUAACAAGACAUCACGACGUUCAGGUUCAUCAGAUUGCUCGGAGCUUCCGUGAUAGAUGGAUCCCCCGUAAUACAUCCACAUUUGUGUAUGAUGUCCAGGGGACUAAUACAGUCUGGAGUUCUGCUAGGAGGAAACGCAAGAGCCGUUGGGACUAUCAACCUGACGAGCAUUAUAAGAUGGUGGGACUAAAAAUCCAAAAAGUUUUUUCUGGCUUUAUGAGAAAUAAGUUGCAGAGGAAUCAGGGUGCAAACAACUAUUGUAAUGAUGUUCUUGGCAUGGGGAGUUCAACACAGGGUGCAGAUGAUGAAGUCCCUCCUGGGUUUGAGUCCCAGCUGGAGUGUCGGCCUGCACAACUUUCCAUAGGCAGCGAGGUUGCUCCAGGACUUUGCAUGGAGAGCACUUUGGAACCCCUGAAUCUGAAGGAGGCCAAUGCCAUCAAAAAUGGAAAGUUGCACCUGGCGUGCCUUUUAGUCCUUUUCCACCAUUGCCUCCCUAUCCACGAGGGAGUCCUUGCCCCUCCACUUCAUCAUCCCAGAUGUUUCAGCAUGAUGGAACACCCCAAGUUAAACAUAACAGUUCUGGACAAUGCGGAAGGAUCAUGGGCCAAGAUGGGAGAGUGCAUAGGUCAUGGCGAAAUGGGCCAAGAUCAAAAUGGCCAUACCAUCAUCAAGGAAGGAAAUUUUCGAGCACUCAUCAUAGAUUUGAAAGAUUCGAACCUCCAAAACCUCAAUAGUGAUUAA